AUGGCUUGUCUCUUCAGGAGGGCAAUAGCAGAGCAGGUUUCUCAAGUUCUAGGGUUGCCAGCAGAAAAAUUGAUCCCAUGUAUUCAUGCAAUUCCAGUCCACAGAAAACAAGACUCACCUGAUUUUCAGCUUUAUGUCAAUUCUCUGUCAGUAGACAACUUCGAUGGAGCAUCUCACAACGAAAAUGCACAAAAGCUUGCAUCUAAGCUGGCUGCGAACUCUAUUAUCAGUGAAAUAGGUACUGGUCGAGGAUCUGUGACCUUCAAAAUCAACAGAGAAUUAUUAACAGAGACCAUUUUAAAAAAAAUAUACCAAGAUGGCUCCCUAUAUGGAAUGAAUUCUGAGCUUUUGUCAAACACCCCUAAGGGUCUGACUCUGGUGGAAUACAGUUCACCCAAUAUUGCCAAAAAAUUUCAUGUUGGACACUUGCGCUCCACAAUAAUUGGGAAUUUUAUUGCUAAUCUGAAGGAGGCAGUUGGUUGUAAAGUUAUAAGAAUGAAUUACCUGGGGGACUGGGGCCUUCAGUUUGGCUUAGUAGGUGCUGGAUUCAGCAAGUAUGGAUCUGAUGAGAAACUUAGAGCUAAUCCUUUACAACACCUUUUUGAGGUGUACGUGAAAGCCAAUGCAGCAGCAAAUAAAGAUGAAGAUAUGAAGUCGUCUGCACAGGAUUUUAUGCAGAGACUUGAGAAUGGACAUCCACAGGCUCUUUCCCUGUGGACACAAUUCAGAGAUCUGAGCAUUGAGGAAUAUACCAAAGUAUAUAAACGUCUUGGGGUGCAGUUUGAUGAAUACUCUGGUGAAUCUUUUUACAAUAAGAAGGCACAAGAUGUUCUGAAGUUGCUUAAAGAGAAAGGAAUUCUAAAGACAACAGGCGACGGUAAAGGAGUGGUGGAUCUUUCAGAGCAAGGGGAUGUUUCCACCUUUUCUACUGUGAUGCGUAGUGAUGGGACAUCUUUGUAUAUUACAAGGGACAUUGCAGCUGCACUUGAUCGCAUGGAGAAAUCUAACUUUAAUGAAAUGAUCUACGUGACAGACAAAAGUCAACAAACACAUUUUGAACAUUUGUUUAAAAUAUUGGAGAUCCUUGGGAAAGUAGGCAAUUGUCAACAUGUUAAAUUUGGCCGUGUACAGGGAAUGCAGACAAGAAAGGGAGAUGUGAUCUUUCUGGAGGACGUUUUGGAUGAAGCCCGUUCUAGAAUGCUCCAAAAUAUGGCAAAUAGUGAAACAAGUAAAACAACUGAAGACCCUGCUGACACCGCUGAAAAGAUUGGGAUUGCAGCUCUAAUUGUACAGGAUCUGAAGGGCCCACUUUUGUCAGAUUACCAUUCUGUAAUAUUCACCCUGCGGCAACUGCUCAGAUAUGAUGAAGUCAUUCAUAAGACACUGAAGGACCUUCAGCCAAGAUACUUGGUUUCUUUCCUCAUGGGCCUUGGCCAUUUGGUCAACGUGGCCCAUCACUCACUUCAUGUUAAAGGAAGCAGUCCAGAUGUGGCACAUGCCCGCCUUCUCUUUUUCAACAGUGUCCGUGUAGUUUUGGCCAGCGGAAUGAGACUUUUGGGUAUUACUCCGGUUGAUAAAAUGUAAUUUAAACAUCUCU